UAUCCUCGUUUUUUUAAACGCAGUUUGGCUGGUUUUUCAUAUAUUUUUUACUUACUGUAGGAAAAGACUCACACAAACAAUGUGUUGGUGUGUCUGAGCGUCCCGUCUGCGGCUCUCGGAGCUUUUUGAAUCGCUGCCUACAUCGCUGAUUAUUCCGAUGGGUCCGGUGUUGACGGGCGUUUGGAGAACCAGCAGAGCAGAUCAGGGCUUUGUGGGUAUUAUUAACGAAUGGGGACGUUGUGUUCCUGCACCAGCGCCAGAAAAAUUAUGAAAGGCAGGACCUCGAAAAUGUCGGCAAGCGUGGAAGAGAUCGAUGCAGCUCCUGACCUGCGACUGGCAAUGGACUACGUGAACAACAGCUACAGCUCUGGAGACACCAUGAGCUCCUCCUUAGCCAACAUGACCAUCAACGACCAGCACCACCAGGAGAAUGGAGUCGCCAAAAUGAAAGAGGACGAGGCGGCAGUCGGUGAGGACGGAGUGAAAUCUGUGUCUGAACUCUCUGAAGCAGAGAGCAGCCACUGUGAUGACGAGGUGCCGCCCGCAGAGACGUCUGCAGAGACGGGCGGCGUCGAAGCCGAGCUCUCAGAAACGGGGAGCGGCUCUCAUGAAGACGAGGGGCAGCUCGCAGGAGGAGCAACUUCAACAGCAAAGCCUGGUUCUGGAGUCCGCAGUGAGUUUGCGUUCGCAGGCGACGGAUCAAAGCCCGAUGAAGACGGAGCUGCUGGGGAGGGCGUUGACUUCGUGGGAGCUUCCUGCUCCCCGGACCCAGGAAACGAGGCGGUGGGAGAGUGCGGGAAGAGGCUAAGUGACUCUUUAUGGGCCUCCGAAGACCUCAGCUGCAGGCCGGAGAUAAGAGGGGACGCACCAGCCAGCAGGAGGAGCCCUGAGUGGACCGGAGCUGCAGACGCCCAGAGGGCGAUCAGCCUGGACGCCUCCGAGUGCCUGACUGAAAUCAACAAUCUGUCUCUGGUUCGCAGCACGGCGCUGGAAGACCUGACGUCCAUCGGAGACAGAAGCAUGUGGGCGAAUCAAGACGAGGAGCAAACACAAGACGGAGUGGCUGCAGAUGGAGAAGCUUUUCAGCCCUGCAGUGACUCUGAAAGCACAGAAACACAACAAAAUGAGUCCCAGCCCUUCGCUGAUCCUCAUUCAGAGGAUCUUCAUAGCAGUAGGAACAUUUCCGAGGGUAGCCUUUUAACCAAAAUGCCAUCUGGCACGGCCGCUGAAAACGGCAGCAGUGACUCAUCGUUACAUAGGGCCGGCUAUUCAAAGCCUGACAUUUCUAAUGACUCAGUCAUGAGGAGCGAUGUGGCUCAGACCACCGGUACCGCCGGGCCCCAGAAAACACCCCCCAACCCAGUCCGAAAGUCUUUGGUGCCGGUCCCGGUUUUCAAAGCUCCAAAGAUGGAUAACGGCUCUGCAGAUAAGACUCAAACUGCCACCACACCAACCUCUUCCCUUAAAAGACCAUCUGUAGUCGCCAAGAGCAACAAAACACGCGCUUCCCCCCGAAACGGCCCGAGCUCCAUCCCCGUUAAAUCCACCACCACCACCACCAGCAGCAGCAGCAGCAGCAGCACAGGGCCCAGGCAGGCCGGAGGUGCAAAAUCUCAAACCCCUGGAGCCAAAACCACUCCCAGAACUUCAGCUCAACCAGCUAAUGCCAAGAAACCUCCCACUCCAAAAAAUGACAAAGAUGCCCAGAGUGGACAGAGCAGCCCUGGUACUCCAAAAUCUCCCGCCAGCCAAGCGAAGGCGGCGGCCGAGGCCAACAAGGUGAAGAAGGUGGCGGUGGUGCGUUCCACGCCCAAGUCCCCGGGCUCGCUGAAGGGCCGCCCGCCGGCUCCUCUGGCUGCAGCGGCGCCCAUGCCGGACCUGAAGGGCGUCAAGUCCAAGAUCGGCUCCACAGACAACAUCAAGCACCAGCCAGGAGGUGGAAAGGUACAAAUCCUUGAUCAGAAGGUGGACUAUAGUAAUGUCCAGUCUAAGUGUGGCUCCAAAGACAAUAUCAAACAUGUACCCGGUGGCGGCAAUGUCCAAAUCCUGGACAAGAAGGUGGAUUUGUCCAACGUCCAAGCUCGCUGUGGGUCUAAAGACAACAUAAAGCACACGCCUGGAGGAGGGAAGGUACAAAUUCUUGAUAAGAAGUUGGACUUAAGCAAUGUGCAGUCCCGGUGUGGCUCCAAAGAUAAUAUAAAACAUGUACCCGGUGGAGGCAACGUUCAGAUUGUGCACAAAAAGAUCGAUCUGAGCAACGUGCAGUCGAAAUGUGGAUCGAAAGUCAACAUUCGCCAUAAACCAGGCGGUGGAAAUAUCGAGAUCAAGAAUGAGAAGCUGGAGUUUAAAGUCCAGUCUAAGAUCGGCUCUCUGGACAACAUCGGCCACGUUCCUGGAGGCGGACAGAGAAAGAUUGAGAGCCACAAACUGAGUUUCCGUGAGACGGCCAAGGCCCGCACUGACCACGGCGCCGAGAUCAUCUCUUUGGAAGAAUCCCCCCAACAGCUCAGCACCGUGUCCUCCUCCGGCAGCAUCAACAUGGCCGACUCCCCGCAGCUCUCCACACUGGCCGACCAGGUGUCCGCCUCUCUGGCCAAACAAGGCUUGUGAAUGCCCCCCUUCCACCUCCACCUCCACCUCCACCUCCACCUCCAACACACGACCACGUAGAGGAGUUGUGAUGCCUUCCUCAUUAUUUCCACAGGACUUUUUUAGCUACCCAUCACUGUUUUAUCCCUCACUAACCUUUGAAACUGUUCUUGAGGCGUUACUCGUAGAGGUCUUGAGAAAAAAAAAAAAAAAAAAGAAAAAAACCAACACAUUAACAAAGAAGGCCAAAAUGUAUUUGAUUUCUCUCUGUGGUCUUUGAUCUCUUUUAUUUGCUCUUUCUACCUUUUGUAAGUCUCCCUUUAAGAGUUAAAGCACCCCAGAAGAGCAAAAUUCUCCCUGUGAAUCUGAAACUAUCGUCAUAUGCAUAUCCUCGUAAAAAUCUGACGUCAUUAACUCUCGGUUUCCUGUCACAUUGACUGUGAACCCUUUUAGGAAAUGGUCUUUAAUCUCCCCUUCGAUGGGUGUCUCUCCCCUCCCCCCUGAUGUUCUUUUUUUUCUUUUUCAUUUUGGAUAAAAAAAACAAAACAAAACACAGAAUAUUAAUUUGUAAACUGGAGGGAGAUGCAGACUGUUAGGUGCCAGUUUGUGCUAAAGCAGAAGGAGCAGUUACAGGGUAAAGAGGAGGUGUGUGACGAGAGGAAAAACCGUUAGAAAGAAAGAAAAGUAGCAACAUUUUUUUUUUUUUCGUCAAGGCAGAAAAAAAAAAAGAAAUGCUUUCAGACCUCACUGCUGUCUUCGCUUCAUGUAGUCCCGACAUGUGCUGCACCUCCGGCUACUGUAGGGGUGUAACCCGGAUUGAAAAAAGACAAAAACAAAAAAACGAACGGCUAGAGUAGAAACUUUGUGUUGGGCACAGUUUUAUAAUCGUAUUCUGUGGAUAUAUGACAUGUAUUUGAUAUGAAGAAAACAUUUGUAUUGUGCCUGCUACUGUCAGUGUUAUUAUUAUUUCUUUUUUUGUUACUGCUCUAUUGUAAAUGCGCUAAAAGCUUGACGUACAAGGAGGAAAAAUUAACCUUAAGGCAUUUAAAGUGUAACUUUCAUGGCCAAAUUGAAGAGGAGGGCGAGCUCAUCACCGAUUACUGUAUUUAAACUGCUAUAUGCACAUUAAAGGUAGCUAGAAUAAUGUUCAUUGCAAUUUUAUGGAAAAAUACGACGAUUCUUAAAAGCGAGACUACGUAACUUCUGCUAAACAAACAGGGCCACCAGGAGGGAAAUUUAUUAGACGAUGCUAGAUGCUAAAAUGCUAAGCUAUGGUAAGACUAGCACAAAAGUAAACGCACCGACCCAGUGUUGUUAUAUUUACUUCAGCUAACGUUAGCCACCAUAAGCUAAUGGUCUCACCAGACCAGGUAAGGCUUACGCAAAAAAAAAAAAAAAAAAAACAACUCUUCAGUGUAUUUAACUGAUCGAAGGUGCUUCUACUGCUCAAUGAAUUCGACUUUGUCAAAUCAAAAUAACGUUACUUCGUCUCUCUAACGUUGCUGUAGUCUCACUUUGAAGGUUAAAAAAAAAAACAACAACUAGUAUUUUAAACUUCACUCAACCAGAAUGACUUGUUUUAUUUGAAGCAGAUGGAUGGAUGAUGAUGAUGAUGAUGAUGAUGAUGGAUGAUGGACGAUGAAAGGAUGGGUUGAUUGGGCCAAGUUGAAAAGAAGGAUUCGGAACGCAGCAAGAGUGAAACUGUACAGCGCUGAGUUCAUCUGCUCGGGCUGGUUAAUCAUUACGCUUGUAUCUGUACCUGAGCACUGAACAUGUAGGACUCAUGAGGGCGUCACUGUCCGCUGGUUGCGUUUACGUUCAUUGAUUUAAAUAUACUCCAGUUCUCUGCAAAGAAACUAAAUGGCCAAAUGUAGGUGGACAUCUGGAUAUUUCACCUUUUAACUGCAGUGUUGGAGCCUGGCUGCAGGAUUUUCCAGGAAAUCAUCCAUUUGCUUCACAAGUGUGAAACUGAAACCACUGAAACUUUAUGCAUCUUUAUGUCCAGUUUUUAAUGUCAUGUCGUGAAGGUGCUGUUCUCAUGGUCUGGUUAACCUCAGGCACAUUAAACCAUUUGGUUAGUGUUUGGAAAAGAUCAUGUUUUUUCUUCCCAGGUGCUGUUGCCACAAACAUGGCUGGAAAAUGUCUCAACGUCUCAUUAAAAAUAUUCAGUGGUUUCACAUUUGUAAUAGCUAGAAAUCACACACAUUCUCCUAGCUGGCGCGCCAACAAUGUCUAGUUUUUUUUUUUAAGAAAUGGUGAAACCCUGUCUUGAACAGUGGUCUCUCCCUCGGCAGCCAUCUUGCCAGGCUGUCAAGCCAAUGAUGUCCAAUGUCCAGUAUUUAAUGUUGAAAUUCUGUCUUGAUCAGUGGUCUCUCAUUCGGCAGCCAUCUCUCCUAGCUGGCACGCCAACAAUAUCCACUGGUUUUGCAAAAACAAAUGUUGAAACUCUGUUUCAUAUAGUGGCGUCUUCCUUGGCAGCCAUCUUACCAAGCUGUCAGGCUGAUGAUGUCCAAUGUCCAGUAUUCAAUGUUGAAGGUGCAUCUUGAUCAGUGGUCUCUCACUCGGCAGCCAUCUCUCCUAGCUGUCGCGCCAACAAUUUCCAGUAGUGUCACACGUUCAAAUGCUCAAAUUGUUGAACCUCCGAUGCGAUCAGGCCACCACCUCCUCCUCUACCUCGUUACAAGAGAGUCCUGUAAUCAGAGCGUCAUACGACACGUAGACGUCGCAGGAAUGUUGAUGUAUGAAACAAGUCCGUGGUUUGCAGAAAACGUAAAAUGCCAGCAUUUCAUUCAGUUGACUGGACUGGAGAUUUUGAGCAUUUGAUAAAAAAAAAAAAAAAAAAAAAUGUUCCUGCCAAAUGUGCGAAUAGGAAGUUUGCAGGGUUCUCCGUAUACGUUCGAGGGAGUUUAAAUGAAAUGAAUGCAACCAGCCGGAGAUUAAUUACCUGUUUCCUCAAAAGUUUUCUCCGUUCAUGUGCUCGAAAAAAAUGUCCUAAUGUUGAUCAGUAUUCCUGGUGAUUCAUCACUUAAUACUUGCAUUGAUAUAAGUGAAACUUCUUGCAUGCAUCUCAUGUAAGAGACGGCCGUCUGCUUGUUGCCUCCCUUUCACUAAGUGGUCUCUUCGUAUAUCCUGUUUAUAUUCGACUCUCUGGAUUUGGAGGGAUAUACUGAAAAUACAUGUGGUCGUAGGUGGUUAUCAAGAGUCAAAACGUCCCACACUUUGCUCCCAAACUGUGUGUGUUGAGAUUAAAAUCGUGUCUCUGUGAUCGCAGAGAUGCUACUUUAGGCUCGAAGAGCAGACACAUAGGACUUAAGGGUGUGCUUGCAAACAUUACCUGCAUGCUAGAUUCUUGGUUCUUUUAUUACAAAUAGACCACAUUCGUCUCAGUGUGCAGGACAGACGUGAUGCUGAGGGACGGGAGUCUCAACCCUCCCACGGCGCAGGAGGAGGAGAUGAUGAGUGUGCGGUAAAGUUUGUGUGCUUUUGGUGGCUCCUCUCCAUGUAUGUUUGUGCUGGAAGCAGUCGGAGAGGUUUUUUUUUUUUUCUUCUUCUUUUUCUGCAGUAACAAAACUCAUCACCUUUCUUUGGUUACUUCUGACGCUGUACAGUUGUGGAAAUGUGAUUGUUCUCGUUAUUGUGCAUUUUAUCAAUAACUGGUUUAUGAUGAUUCUCGUUGCUGUAUAUGUGUAUUUGAAAAUAAAUGCUAUGAAGUCA